CGACACGGGCCGCCGUUCAACCGGGCCGGCCACUACGCGCUGGUCGUCAUCGGCGACAUCGGCAGCGAGCAGCAGCUGGACGCCGCCCGAGCUCACAUCGAGGCCGGAGUCCGAUCUUGGGAUGUGGACAUCAAGCGGUGCGACCUGGAACUUCAGCUGCAGCAGUUCAUAACUCGUCACUCCGCCCAUUUUUCCUCGGAUGUCAAAGGGCAACGGACUCUACACCACCGAAGUGAUGUCUUAGAGACGGUGGUGCUUGUCAACCCUUCAAAUGAGACUGUCAUAGCAGAGAUCCAAGCUCUGAUCACAGACUCGGCAGGACACAAGCUCCUGGUCUUGAGCGGUCCCAGCUCUGAUCACGGCGGCCUCCUCCUUCAAACGGGGGUUUUCACCUACGAUACCUUCGCUAGCAUAUUUGCUGAACCUGGGGUCAGAGAACUCCUGGGCCCAUCCAUCCCCAAGCAGCAGGCUACACUCACUGUGUCCUGCCGCGGGGAGGUGGGCUGGAACUCCCUGGGACAGCAGCAGACCCUGCGGGAUUUCCUGCACUACAAACUAAACCCCGAGCCCGUAGUCCUCAAGAUGGAGGGGGUCACCGAGUUCACAGACUACAUCUGUGCGACAGUUGACGUCCCCUCACCCUUUGACCUGCUCGAACCACCGACAUCCGGAGGGUUCCUGAAACUGUCCAAGCCGUGCUGCUACAUCUUUCCCGGCGGACGCGGGGACUCCGCCCUCUUCGCUGUGAACGGCUUCAACAUCUUGGUAGACGGCGGCUCGGAACGCAAAUCCUGCUUCUGGAAGCUGGUCCGCCACCUGGACCGUAUCGACUCCAUUCUGCUCACUCACAUUGGUGCGGACAACCUCCCCGGCAUCAAUGGAAUCCUACAGAGGAAAAUAGCAGAGCAAGAGGAAGAGGGAUCUCAAGGCUCCACCAACGGUAGCGAUUGGCUUAAGAACCUAAUCUCUCCAGAACUUGGUGUGGUGUUUUUCAACGUGCCAGAGAAGUUACGUAUGCCAGAAUCUAAUCUCAAAGUCAAACGCAGCAUCGAAGAAGCCUCAUUAACUUUGCAGUACCUUAACAAACUGGGAAUUACACCGGAGCCUCUAUAUCGAGUGGUCAGCAACACCAUUGAGCCCAUUACCCUGUUCCACAAGAUGGGAGUGGGCCGUUUGGAUAUGUACGUUCUCAACCCCGUCAAGGAAAGCAAAGAGAUGCAGUUCCUCAUGCAAAAGUGGUCCGGAAACAGCAAAGCCAAAACUGGUAUCGUUUUGCAAAAUGGGAAGGAAGGAGAAAUAUCAGUGCCCUACUUGACAUCAGUCACUGCCUUAGUCAUUUGGCUUCCUGCAAACCCGACCGAAAAGAUUGUCAGAGUUCUCUUCCCAGGAAAUGCGCCUCAAAACAAGAUCCUGGAAGGCCUGGAAAAGUUAAGACACCUUGAUUGCUUGCGUUAUCCCAUCGCGACACAAAAAGAUAUCGCUUCAGGAGCGUCUCCCUCUGUGGUAAAGCAAACAAAGUUAAAACAAAGAACAGAAAGCAAAGAGAGCCUUAAAUCUUCCCCAAAGACAACCGCAAAGAUCGCCAAGGAAAAAACAGAAGGACAAGAUGAUGCAUUAACCGUCACGGAGACUGUAAAGGAAAACAUAUCUGUGAAAAAAGAACCGAAAAAGCCAACUAAAACCAUCAAAUCUAAAACUGAUGUGCCAGAAAAGAAGAAACUUCUGAAAGAAAAAUCCUUGAAAAAGCACUCCAAGGAAAGAGUGUCAAAGAUGGAUGAGAAAAAGGACAAGGAGAAGGAGAUCAAGAAAGUCAGGAAAGAAGAGUCUGCCAAAAAAGAUGAGAAGAGAGAUGGAAAGUCCAAGGAGGACAAGAAAAAGGAGACAUUCAAACCGGAGCUGAGAAAAAUAGCAAAGCCGGACCUCAAACCUCUCACGCCAGAAGUUCGAAAGACGUUACACAAAGCCAAAGUGUCGAGUAAAGUAAAGACCGGAAAAACAAAACCGGUAAAGGCCGAAUCGAAGCCAGAGGAACUAAAGACUCGGGAAGUUAAAGAAACGAGUAAAGAACCCAUUCAAACUGAGCCAAUACAGAAUGGCGCUCCCUCUGAAGACCUUGCCAACGACAUUGUAGUGACCAAAGCCGUAGCCGCAGAUGUUUUAGCAGCACCGGCAAGCGAUGAUGACGUUGGUUUGCAGACUACAGCUCAAAGGUUUACACAAGAGAAGCUCGAGGCACCAGAGAGUGGACUCCUACCUGCUACAGAGUCUCUUGGGAAGGAGGAAACACCGGCAGUAAAACCUGUUGUUGAGGCAAAAUAUGACAACCAGAAAGAGGUAGAAGAGACCCAGAUGUAUGAGGACGAGGGAGCUGCAUCUCAGGAUGAGGAGGAGGAGGAGGAGGACGAGGAAGAAGAAGAAGCUCCAACUGCUGAGGCAAGGACAGAAGACGAGGACGACGAGGAAGAGGACAUGGGCAUUGGAGAAGAGGAAGAUGAAUUCCAGUUGAAAGAGCAAGAUGAGAUGGAGAGAAAACACGAGACAAAAGAAAUGGAGAAAGCAGAAACCGUCACCUCAGCAGAGCUUGACACAAAAGAUGAGGAAGAGGAUGAAGAUGAGCCAGUGGAGAAGGCUGAACUGGAGGAAGUGGAAGAUUUGGACGCGAUCGCAGAUGAAGAGCUCACCAGUGAAGGCGCGGCUGAAGAGCCGAUACUCAGCAAGAGCAAAAGCGACACCUUGACCCAAGCCGAAUUUGAGGAGGAAGAUGAGGAAGAGGGCUACCUUUCACACGUGGGAGGGACCACAGCGCCCAUAAGUGGAGUCGCUCCUGGUGCUACAGCAGAACACAUCUCCUACAUCCAAGACGAGACCAUUCCAGGGUACUCCGAGACAGAACAAACCAUCUCCGACGAGGAGAUCCACGAAGAGGCGGAGGAGAGGAUACCGCACAUUCAAUAUGAUGUCGGUGCACACGAUGUCUCGGUUCCAGAUCAGACUGGAUCCUUUGUAAACAUACAUGGAAUGAGGGAGAUCCAGGCUUCAGCCAUCCCAGGGAAAGGUUUCAUGCCCGGCGGGCAGGAGCAACUGUCAAUGUUUACCAACAUAUUCACUGCCCCUCUGGCAGAGGAAGAGCACGUGUCCUCUGCGACGUCCAUCACGGAAUAUGACAAACUGUCCUCUCUCCCCACUUCUCUCGCUGAAGACCAGUCUGUUGCGUCCACAGUCGCGCUUGAAGAGCCAGCCAAAACCAAAGUGAACAACGAGCAACUUCUCUCAUCAGAAAUACUUUCACCGUCAUCUCUUGAAGACAAGUCCCCCUCGGCUGACUUACAACUUCCCCUUGAAGACGCAAAGAUGGCCGGUAAGGUUCCUUGUUCCCACGACGAUGAGUAUGAUGAAGAAGAAGAAGAAGAAGAAGAUCAGACUCCCAAUGUUGAUAUUUCCCUCGAAAAACUUCAAGAGGGCUACGCUACAUCCCAAAAAACAAAUGGCAAAGACAAGGAUGUUGAAAAGCUGUCUGGCUCGGCAUCUCCUGUUUCCAAGUUAAUAGAGGACGAAAAACCAAUCCACUUUCCAGUUGAAGAAGAGAAUAUUUAUGCAACGACCUCCAAAGGUCUUUCCUCAGUAGUACCUACUAGGCCUUUCGGCUCAGACUCUGUGACCUCAGAGAGCGAGGAGCGUUGUUUCAGUCCGGAUGACAUUACUGUAAAAAUGGCAUCCCCGACACAAUCAGGCCCACCGAGUCCAACUCAUUCUCCCCUUCGACAUUCGCCAGUGGGAGCGUACCCUGAUUUGGAGCUCCACAAGUUUGCCACCUCAACUGAAGAUAAAAUGAUAAAGGAAAAAGAAGAGGGGCAAAUAUACAAAAAGACAGAUGAAAAACCAUUUGAGAAAGGCUUGAGGGAUCUUGUAUCGGACAAGGAGACAGAACAAGAGACAGAAAAGCAAAUAACUAUUAAAGACGUACCUUCAAGUGAAGUUCAACCACCUGCUCUCCAGGAAGAUGUUUGUGCCAUUCCACCCAUCAAGGACGAGACCGUGGUGAAAGGUUCCAAUAUUUACAAUGAUAAAGUUGUGGAAAAAGAGCCACUCGAUACCGCCAUUAAAGAUGAUCUGCAAGACUUUGAAAAUUACAUCAGUCCUUCAGCUAAAUCUCCCAAAGAAGAUGCUAUUGUUGCUUUUGGAGGCAAAGAUGACACGAAACUCAAAACCGUGGAAGAGGUCAAGAAGGCAGAUGUUAUUGUGAUUGAGAGCAAAGUGAUGAAACAGGAAGAGAGAGAUGAGGCGAGAACUUUUGACAUUGUUGCCACAGAACCUGAAGAAAAGGAGAGUCCAAGUGUUCACAGCACAGAGUCAAAGGAUGAGACUUCCGUUAAAAAGUCUUAUGAGGAUGAGAAGCAGAAGAUUGGAAAAGAUGAAUCAGCGGGUGACCUGAACAAAGACAAAAUGGGAGAAAUCAGACUGGCCACAGAUCAGCAAAUGGAGAAAGACAAGUCCAAAACUACAGAGACUGAAAUCACCAAAGAAGACUUUGUUUGUGUGGAUGCUGCACACGUUCCUGCAUUAGACAAGGUUCAGGAAAUGAAAGCUACCAUACAAGGAAAUUCAGAACAACCACAUGUAGACAAAUCCGUCAAAGAAGUGGAAAAGACACUCGGUGCCUUUGCUGCCGGCAUCCCCGCUGACGUGGACAUGACGAGCAAGAAAAAGGAAGCUGACACCGUGCAAGAUGACAUUUAUGGUGGUAAAGUAGAGGAAAAAGCUGAUGAUGAAGUGGACACCAUCACUAUCAAACCAACCAAGGAGGAAGAAGUGAAAAUUGUGAAUCAAAGUGUCGGUAUUAUAUCUAGAGAAGAAGAAACACACAAAGGAACAAGUAAGGUACAAGUGUCGAUCGAACCCACUAAAGAAGAAGAAAGCAAAGAUUCCAUUGAAGUAAAACUAAUGCCGGAAUUGGAUGAGAAAAUUGAUUCGGAAGAUAAACUGAAAAAGCAGGAUGCAAAAGAGACACAAAAGGACGAAGCGUCCGAUAAGAAUGAGUCUUCUGAUUUACCAAAAAAAGAGGAAAUGCAAAAAGAUUUUGCCUUGUCCCAAACUUUGAAAGAGGAAAAGAGUGCUGUCUGUGACAAAGAGGCUAAAGAGCUGAAACAAGUAACAGCGUUAGAAGAGGCAAAAGCGGGGAAAGACGCCCUAGUGGAGAGCCUAGAGGAUCAAAAACUGAAAGAAGUCAAAUCUGAGGAACACAUCAGUGAGACGAUGAAAGAUGCAGUUACGGAGCUCAGUCGUGAAGAUGAAACCACUAAAGAACUCAAGAGCGUGCCCACGGUGGGUUCGGGUGGAGACAAACAUGAGACAACGACUGAAUCUUGUCAAUCAAAAGAGGUUGAAAAAGCUGGUGAAGCUGAUGUGAAGAGAGGUAUUGUGAAAGAGGUAGACCACUCCCUAGUCCAGGCCACGGAAGAGCAGUCAAAAGAGAAGAUACCGAGAGAAGAAAUCUUUGGCACGAGGCCUGGAGCUCCAAAAGAGGAGGAGGUGACCGUGAAAAAGCAAGGGGCAUCCUUGGAUACUGAGUCAGCUGAAGACCAGCCAGCGAUGCCAGCAGAAAUACACAAGCAAGAAAAAGAACACGAUGAAAGUGCGAUGGUCAUUUUUAGUUCCUCUCAGAAGAUGGAGAAGGAAAAGGAUGAUGCUCAUGUUGCCGAGUUGAGCAAGGAACAGAAGAUGGAGAAGGAGCAGGAGAAAGAGGCAACCUGUGAGACGGAAGAUCUGCAUGAGAAAAAGACCAAAUCAGAACAGAUAAAAACCACAUCGGAUUCGAAGGAGGAAGACAUCAGUGAGAAAGAGAGGGCUGAUGUUGAACACGCCAAGGAGGAGAAAUGGGAGCGGGAGGAGUUACAAGAGAAGGACCUCGACAAAACCUUGAAACAGUCUGGAGACGCAACAUUCGGAGAAGCAGAGUUACUUUCAAAACUAGACGACAAGCCCACCCUCCUGAUUCAGUCCUCUGAUGAAGACCAGGAAGACGAGGAGGAAGAGUACAUAUGUAUGGGCUCCAGACCCUUGUCAGUUGAGCCGAGAAAAUUCGAACCCUAUGCCAGCUGUGCAGGCCAAACAACUCCAUUAAGCAAUCAAACUGAAGCGACAUCAACCAGACAGACUGUAAUAGUCAUACCAACACUUACAAUGCAGGAACCUUCACUUGAUGAAGAGAUCAAAGACAUUGUGAGAGAAGAAUGCGGUUUUUCUUCUGAGGCUGGAAAACCUGAAACCCCUCCCUCAUUGAGCUCCCAACCUGAGCAAUCUUCAACUACUGACACAUCAAAAGGAGGGAUGACUUCUAUUCAAAAACAAGAGCCAUUUCCUGAUGUAUCAUGCUCUGAGACAGAACCAGAGUCCAGCUCAAGCACCGAGAGCCAAUCCAAAAUCCAAUUUCAAAUGAGUCCUGGAGACGGGGCCGCAGUUAAGAUGGAGCAGCAGGACAAGCCUGGCAAAGAAGCGGAACGGGAGAUGGAAGGAGAACGGGAGGCUGCUUCCCCAGGAUUUUCACAGCCUUGUUCGUAUUUCCUAUUGGACAAAGACUCCGACGAUAGCAGCCCGACUGAUGUUCUGAAAUCUGACGCGAAGAAAGAGACCACAGGUAACGGACUAAAAGAUGAAAACACAUCUUUUGCGACAUCAAAGUAUGAUCCCUAUGAGAAGCCUAUCCCAAAAGAUCCUACUACCAUUCAAGAGGAGACUCAUGUGUCUGAAGGCCAUACUUCUGACAUCAGCAUAGAUGAUAACAGGAGAACGAGCCCAACGGUGGCAGCCACGUCCCUACAAGAGGAUCUUGUCAAAGAAGAACCAAUCUCCUUAAGUGCAGUUGACUGCAGCCCACAGAGUGAAAGCCACCGAAGAGCCUCACCUGAGCAGGAAGACAGAGAGAAAGGGCAAGAAGAAGAGAGAGAACGAAAAGAAAGGGCAGACAUCCUUCCUACUGACAAGAACCUUUCGUCCUUGAAUAUCCAAGACAAUAAAAUUUCUCAAGACUCUUACAGUCCCAAACAGGAUAAACCAGAAAAAUCAGAGAAAGAGAAGGAGGACAUGGAAGGAGGAACUUCAGGAGAAAGGAAUCAGGUGUCUACUGGUGCUGCUCUUCAUUCUGAAGGGCAACCAUCAAGGCAAGAAACCUGGUACCAAUCAGAUCACAGCGCUCCAUUCACACAAAAGGACACUACAAAGGAGAUGGAAAAAUCUCUGAAAGACACGAUGGAGUUCUCAGAUGAGGAGGAGUUUCCAUCUGGUCGGCGCACCCCAGCAGAAGAAAUUUUACCCCACGGUGCUUCAUUUUCUCCAAGGGAAGAGCAAGCAAGUAAAACUGGACCAGGCUCAGCCUCCUCGUGUUUUGAACGUAAAAUAGAUGACAACAUUCUAGCCUCAGACAACAGUCAGUCCAUAGUGGACUUUCCCAAAGGCAAAGAACACCUGGUAGAUGUGCGCUUACUUGUAGAGGGAGAAGAUUUCAAAGUUGAUGAUGACGAUGAUGAGGAAGAUGAGGAUGAUGACGAAGAGGAGGACUCGAGUGAUGUUGAUGUGGAAAAAGGUGCCAGGGAGCAAUCUGAAAAAGAAAUGUGUGGGGUGAGUCCCCAUGAGAAUAAAACCAUCUGCGAGACCUCAGACAAAACCUCUCCUGAAUUAAGCUUUCAUAGAGAGGAGUUUGCCUCGAAAGUUACACCCGAGGAUGCCUUGCAGGUAUCCAAGCAGGACCCAAGCAAAAUAUUACCACCUGGUGACACAAACCUUCUUGAAAAGGAAGACUUCUAUGGCGCAACAGCUCCUGGUGUGACCAAACCUCCAGAGACCAAGACUGAAAGCAAAACAACAACAUCACCAGGUACAAAUGCCGUCACACGGGACAGCAUGUGGUUGCCUACUCCAUUUGACCCAAAACCUCUUGAAGCAAAGGAAGACAAAACAUGUUUGUCACCUGAGCCAGCAACACCAAGGAGGCUAUCGAUUACUGAAGAUGUUGCUUCCUCUGAGGUCGAGCAGUCAAAGGAAAAGUAUGAAGACGAACGUUCUCCGUCACCACGACCAGAAGACAAACAUCAAAGUCAAACAUCACCACUCAGCAGCAACCUCAGCAGCUCAACCUCAGCACAACAAUCGGAACGCCCGAUGUCCAUUUCCACGCCUGCCUCUGGUCUCUCCGCACUGAACGGAAGUUAUGCCGAUAUUGGACUGAGUGGAUCUGGAGGAUACUCUGAGGUCAGUCGAGUAGGUCCAAAAGAUAAGCAGCAUGAUAUUCAGUCCGGUGAAUGUGGACAAGAAACUUUCAGAGAAGAUCAGUAUUACCAAGGAGACACACAAGAGGAAAGUGUGACGAAGAGGCAAAGUUCAGAUUUUGCUGCUAAAAAGGAGGACCAGCUUCCAACGUCACCUUGCACAUUCACCACCUCUGCAGACACUUAUCCAACACCCUUCUCGAGUUUUGCCCAUAAACUAGAAGACAGCGGUCAAAGUUUUGUGACUGUGUCAAGCAGUUUGCCCCAUCAGGUUCCAUUUUUUAGUAGCGGGUCUAUAAGCUCAGUCUCUGGCGGUACUCAGAGAGAUGAGUACAUGGAGGUGAUGGCAAAACCUCCAAAAGAGGAUUCCCAGGCUGAAGGGACCAAAUCGUCAUCGUCUCCCAUACAAAGUACUGAGCCCUCAAAACUGGCAGGCAUUGUCUACACACCAGAAGCUUGUUCUGAUAUAGCGCCACAAAGAUCGGAAGCCACAGACAGGAUCUCCCAAGGAGCAGUAGAAGACAUCGUAUCCGACGUUGAAUGGCAAAAAAUGUCUGAAGAGAGAGACCUUUUUCCAUUAAAAACUGAAGCACAAUUGAUUAAAAGUACUUUAAAUGCCACCGACACUAAGACUGCCAAGACCGUUGAGUCUCUACCAGAAGUGGUGACGCAAACGGAUCAUCCCGCUGUGUCAGUCACUUCAGCAAGUGCAAGUGGUGCUAUGAACACCUCAUGUGCCAUCGCAGACACCCCCAAAACAGAGGACGGAAAGCAGCAAAGUGUGAAAACACCACAGGUAGAAAAGGAGGCGACGAUCCACGCUGUAGUGGAGCAGGAAACUGAAAAAACAGACGCGGUAAAAGGACAAAUGGAAGAAAAGACUCUGGAAGACAAGAUGUGGAAAGAUAGCAGUGAAAAGACGAAAGAUUCAGUUGAGCAGAGUAGGAGUGACGUACACGUCAGGGAGGAAAGAUUAGCUGGCAGCCCAGAGGCAAAGAUCUUUCUGGAUCAGCCACCAGAGAGGUUAGAAGCGAGGCGAAAGAGUAGCAUUUCUGAUUGGGAGCUGCUACAAAAGCCUGAUGAUUUCCCAAGUGCCCCUCCACCAGGUUAUAGUGACCAAGAGGAGGAAGCCUUCGAAUGGAUGGCCAGCAUCCACGGUGCCUCCUCAAAACCAACCUCGCUCACAGGAGCGUCGAGCAAAACAAAAACUGAUCAUCCGUUGGACUUGAACAACGGAGCCGCCGCUGCCUCCUCUCUGGCGGACUCCUCCUUUGAUUACAAGCAGCAUAAAGGAGAACUCUCUCCUUCCUUCAUCAAUCCUAGUCUGCAUCAGUUCUCUGGUGACGAGGAUGAAGAGGACGAACAAAGUGACCGCUCUCAGGAGGGAGCCGAUGUGACUCGCGAGCAAACAUCAGUGAAAAGGAAGUCACAUAAGCAGAGGCGUCACCACGGAGAUGUCGGUUAUCAGUCCGGAGCUGUCCCAUCUGGAUUGAUUGCGACUUUAGCUGGAGAGGAAACACCUCCCACAUCGGUGAGUGAGUCGUUGCCUUCACAGUCUGAUUCUGAUGUCCCGCCAGGAACCGAGGAGUGUCCAUCUAUUACCGCGGAAGGUAAUCUGGACUCAGAUGAAGAUGCUGAACAUCUGCCUGCGGACAAAUUGUCUGCCGGGGGUGCCGCAGGUGGCCAGCAUCCCCCGGCACCAAGAGCACCUCAGCAGGCACACGAUCCCCAACCCACCUCCGUGAAGGACCCUCCGCCACAGCGUCCCCAUCCAGAUGUGUGCAUGGUGGAUCCCGAAGUUCUCCUUCAGGAUGCCAACAGCACGGAAAAACCUCUCACAAGGGAACACAAGGCCACCAGGGGCCUCAGGAAGUCCAAACCCAAAUCAGCGUCUCCUGCUCGGAGGGGGGAAGUGAAGAAGAGGUCCACCACGCUGGUGAAGCAGGCCCACAAGGACUCAACCUCACCCCGAUCAGCAUCCCUCAGGAGGAAGGACCCGGAGAGGAGCUCCAGGCUGGUGAAAAUGUCCGAGAACCUCGGUUCACGGAGUGACAUCCUUAACCCGGCGAGGGGGAUGGUCAACGGAGUGAAGAGCAGUUCAGGAAACAACCCUCAGAAGGCCUCCUCGGCUGUCCCGGCCGGGCCGCCGGUCUACGUGGACCUGGCUUAUGUGCCCAACCACUGCAGUGCCAAGAACGUGGACCAGGAGUUCUUCAAGCGAGUGCGGGCGGCGUACUACGUGGUGAGCGGGAACGACCCGAGCGGCGGGGAGCCCAGCCGCGGGGUUCUGGACGCCCUGCUGGAGGGCAAAGCUCAGUGGGGCUCCAACCUACAGGUGACCCUGAUCCCGACGCACGACACGGAGGUGACCCGCGAGUGGUACCAGAGCACCCACGAGAGGCAGCAGGACCUGAACAUCAUGGUUCUGGCCUCCAGCAGCACGGUGGUCAUGCAGGACGAGUCGUUCCCCGCCUGCAAGAUCGAGUUUUGAGUCGCGCCCCCCCCCCAGCGAAACCCAUUUCCUGGCAACAACCAACUUCACGCACUGUGGCAAAUAGACAAAAAAAUAACCAUAAAAUACAAUAAACGAUAAUCGGUAAAAUUCAGUAGAACGAACCAAGAUAAUGACGAUGAUCUCGUUAAACAGAAUUCAAUUGAUUUAGCGAUCACAUCUCGGCACAAAGGCACAAUCUGAAUGUCAUCGUUUUUUUGUUUUUUUUUUUAAUAAAUUAUGUAUUCAAAUUUAUUUCACAUUUUAACCUUCCGUUAAUUGGGCCGCAACCGAAAUGAAAAGCGAAUAUUAAUCGGAGUCGGAUUGAGUGCCGUCCCUAAUCAAUUGACGCCGGCGAGAUUGCGCGAUCGAAUUAUUGAAGCGUAAUAAUUGUGCAUUUGUUCCUGAUCAAGUGUCUUACGGGGAACGUUUUAGCCGUAACUGCCUCAUUGAAAUUAUGAUGUUGCUUUGUAAUCAUUUUAGAUGUUAUCGUUCAAAUAAGUUCAUCUUUUAAAUAGUAUGAUAGUUUUUAACGAUCAAAUGUUCAUUCUAGAUUUUCAUUUCCUUCAUGUUUUCAAGGGAAAUUAAUAUUUCAUAAUUUCCCAUCAUUUGUGCGGGAUUUUAAGGUCAUUUAAUGUCGCUUUUAAUGUGUAAUAAUUACACGGACGUGCCCAUUGAAAUACGCGAGGACGUUUCGGCGCUGACGCGGCCAACGUUAGCCGAAUGUUUCUCGUCACGACAGAAAUAUAAAAGACGACGACACUAAUGUAGCAACGGACGCUCGUUUCGAACGCGGGAAAGGACGACGCCAGAUGUGAAAUGAAAACGUUCGAAGGCGAAGUGUGAUGACGCGCGUUUGAUUCCUGUACGCUAAAAGUAAUAAGAAUGUCUUUGCACCAAACCAGAAUGCACUUUUUUUUUUCCCCCAAAAAAGGACGUGGGAGGAGUUUAGUUGUUUGUACUGAAGCACAGCGAUGACCUCAACGACCGUAAACACACGUUGUAAUAUGUAAAUAAUCAUAAUCAUAAUAAUAACUAUUUAUAAAUGAGCAUGAAUGAAUGUCUGGGGCGACACUUGCAGGAAUGUUUUUUUUGUUUGUUUUGUUUUUUCAUUUUUUCAAAAACUGCAUGUUUGAGGUGGGUAGCUGAGAAUGUCGUCCAGUCAAUGACUUUUCUCAAAUAAUUUUCAUAAUAAUUCAGUUCAUCAUUUUGGGAACACUUGCGCUAAAAUGAUUCCAUUUUCCAACAACCCGUGCGACGCAUUCCAGAAAAUUGGCAAGUUUCAAAGCGUGACCUUCAUAGUGUAAUUUGCCUAAUUUACAUUAAAAUUUUGGUGAAUAAUGAGAAAAAAUAAUAUAGAAUUUGUACUAAGCAUAUUAGUGGGUUUUUUUUGGGUGAUAUUUUAACAAUAAGUUGAAAAUGGCUUUGUCAAAUAUGCUGUUAGGCUAAUGACACUCCUCAAAAAUGUCCGUUGUAGACAAAAAUUAAGAACGAGCUCAGUCCAAAACGGGACGCAACAAAUGCGACGCGACUUCACAUCAAAUUAAAAAACUUUUUUUUUUUUUCGGUAACAUUUUUAAUUAUUUUGGGGUUUUUUUCUUCCUAAUCCGGCAAUGUGACUUUUUUCUGAUCUUAUUAAAACGUGAUUCUCGUGACAACUUUCUGUUCGUAGCAUUACAUUGUAACGACACGGAUAUACUGCAUUACAUCUUCUUUGAUGUUUUAUGCUGUCAUAUCGCUCAGUAUUUUUGUUUUUUUUUCCUUCAUAACAUAACAUAAUUUCUUCAGAAUAAUAUGUGAUUCUUCUCAUCACUGAGAUGUCCUUUUUAAGAAUCCGUUUUUUGGAAUUUUGGCAGCCCCUCUCAAACAUUAUUACGCAAUAAAUAAUACAAAGACGGUAAAAUAUAUCAAUAAUUUAACGCCGCAAAAUGUGUUGGAUGAGGAGUAUAAAACAAUGUUUUGAGAAGCCUUUGAAUGAAUACAUAUCAUACAAAAUCUUAUUCUUUGUGUAUAUGGGAUUUCCAACUUCCCAGUUUUCUGGAAUGCAGCGUCACCUCUCGUGGGAGGGAAUUUUAUUUUUCAUUUUUUUAAAUCAAAUACACACUACAAAACAGAAGAACGCCUCAAAGUUCCAAAUGAGACGUUUCCGAGUGCGCCCGAACGUGAUUUAUUAUUAUUAUUAUAUUUUUUUUUUUGGUAGGCAUUUCCGGUGCGACUUUUCCAGGCGCCGGUGGAACGCUGCGCGAGAUGUAAAAAAAUUAUUUUUGUGAAUGUAAUUUGCAUCGACAAACGACUCAAAAGUGGGUUUGAACGAAGAAACACGGGACAACCGACUCUUCUCACGACGCCAGAACCGAACCAGAACCUUUUUCCUGAAUAUGACUUGAAACAAAGUCCAAAUGGUCAAACACAACACGAAUGUACCGCACACACACAUGCACGCACGCACGCACGCACACACACACACACACACACACACACACCGCUUUGUACAUAUCUCUUAACGUAAACGUUCCGCUUUCGACAGUGAUUCCGACCCGCCAAGAGAACAUCAACUUAAUCCUCUUGCAUGUGACUUAUUUGGUUAUAAUCCUGAAUGUAAUUGUUUCCGCACGGGAGUAGCGCUAACGCUAGGUUUGGGCCGUGCUUCUGUUUGUUUGUCGUUCUCGAGCUGCUGUACAGCGCUAACCUACGUUUGACGCUCGCUCUCUCUCUCUCUCUUUCUCUCUCGAUCCCUCUCCGAAAAACGUAUAGCGGCUUCCUUCUUCUCCGGCGCGCAUCUCGUCAACUGUUUUCCGACUAUCGCUGUCUCUCUCUGGUCAAGUAGAAGUGCUGCGCACGCAUUUGUUGUAAAAGGGAAACGGCCCGGUGAUCAUCAAAAUAAAGUACACUCGACUCAAGAGGUCUGUUUGCGGGUUUUUCCUUCGGUGUCGUUUACCGAGCCGGAACCGCCUGAAAAAGCGAAAAAAAAAAAAAAAAACACAACAAAAAUGGGUACGAAUUUUGCAAUUUGGAAAUGGUAAGCCUGUUUUGAAACCCUAAAACUAUGGAAGUAAAUAUGUGCCACCCGGAUUUGA